CUUUAGGCUGAGAGUCGUAGGUUAGAAUAUAACGCUACCUCCCUAAUCUACAAUUCAACAGACUAGGGAUAAACAUCUCGUCUGGUUCACUUCGCCUGAACUCUGCAAACGACCGACCGUAAACUUCGCCUGAACUCUGCAAACGACCGACCGUAAACGAGUGUCUACAAUGAAUCAGGAAACAUUCUCCUUCCAACCCUCCUCUCCCCUACCCCUCCCGGAGUCCCCGGGUCGUCCCGGUAACACCUUACUGCUGGGUCUGAAGAGGCUGUCUGUGCUGCUGGUCGACUGCAGGAAAACACCGGAGCUGAGGGACAGUCCUAAACGUCACUCUCUCAGUAGAAGGGGCUCGUCAUCUGGGGAGGCAAAACAUCAUGAUGCUGACGAGGCAGAGAAAAGUCUCUCAAAGUCAGAACACCUCAAGAAACAACAGCUGAGACCCACAAGGAAGAAACCUCACUGCUGCUCUGACUGUGGGAAGAGUUACACCUCUAAAGUAAACCUUAGAGGACACCAGAGAAUUCACACUGGAGAGAAACCUCACUGCUGCUCCCAGUGCGGUGCUAGUCUCUCCUCUGCCAGUGCACUGGAAGGACACAUGCGGAUUCACACUGGAGAAAAACCGUACCAGUGCUCAGAAUGUGGGCAGAGAUUUACAUACUCCAGUGGUUUACGGUUACAUGAGAGAAUUAAACACACUGGCGAAAAACCACACUGUUGCUCUGACUGCGGGAAGAGAUUUGCUACAUCACAAAGCUUAAAAGCUCACUGGCGGAUUCACACUGGAGAGAGACCGUUCCACUGCUCUGAGUGUGGGAAGAGUUUCACAGAAGCCUCGGCACUGUCUGAACACAAACGAAUACACACAGGAGAAAAGCCUUACCACUGUGAGCAGUGCGGGGGAAGCUAUUCCUCUGCUAAAUUGCUCAGAAUGCAUCAGAGGAUUCACACAGGGGAGAAACCUUACCAUUGUGCUGACUGUGGGAAAAGCUUCAGACUGUUGUGUAUUUUAAGAUGUCACCAGCUAAGACAUACUGGAGAGAAGCCCCACCAAUGUACUGAGUGUGGGAAGAGGUUUGCUGUUAAGAGUGGGCUCUGGUUACAUAACAAAGUGCACACUGGAGAGAAAGGCUACCAAUGCCCACAGUGUGGCAAGAAGCUAGGAUCAUCUCAUUCUCUAGAGCAGCAUAAGCGAACACACACUGGACAGAAACCCUUCCACUGCUCCCACUGUAAAUUGAGCUUUGCCACUAAUUCAGCCCUGUACAAACACCAGAGGAUUCACACAGGUGAGAAACCACACAGCUGCAAUGUUUGCCAAAGGAGAUUUGGACGGUCCGAUCACCUGAAAAUUCACAUGCAAAUUCACACAGGAGCAAAGCCAUACCACUGCUCUAAGUGCGAGCUGAGUUUCACUAACAACAGAUCUCUGAAAGAACAUGAGGUCAGACACACAGAAGAUAAACCUCACUGCUGCUCCCAGUGCGGUGCUAGUCUCUCCUCUGCCAGGGCACUGGAAGGACACAUGCGGAUUCACACUGGAGAGAAACCGUACCAGUGCUCUGAAUGUGGGCAGAAGUUUGCACACAGAACCAGUCUUGGGACACACAGAAGAAUACACACAGGAGAGAAAUCUUAUCACUGCUCUGACUGCAAGAAGACCUUUUCAAGAAUUGACUAUUUAAAGGAACACAAGUUCACACAUUCAGAGAAGAUGUACCACUGCUCUCAGUGUGAGUCGAGCAGCACAUCGCCAGGCGCAUUAAAGAAACACCAGCUUAUACACACUGUAGAGAAGCCUUACCACUGCUCCCACUGUGACAAGAGCUUCCUUCGGCAACCAUCUCUCAAACUACACGAGCGUUGUCACAAGGGAGAGAAACCGUACUCUUGUUCAGACUGCGAGAACAACUUUGCCACAGUGGCAACCUUGCGAAUUCACCAGCGAAGACACACAGGAGAAAUGCCAUACCAAUGCCCUUUUCCUGGCUGUGGGAAGAGUUUUGCCCAGGCCUUUGCUUUUAAAGAACACAAGAGAAGGCACACAGGAGAGAAGCCGCACCACUGUGAUCAGUGUGGGAUGAGUUUUGUCACGUCAGGUGACUUGCGAACUCACUCCAAAAAGAAGCAUUAGUGCUGCACGAGUGUGGACUCAGUUUUUCUAGAUCCGAUUCCUUUAAAAAAUCACGAGAAUCCACACAGGAAAGAGGCGGUACAGCUGCUCAGUGUGACGAGUUACACCAAUAAUGGUCACCUGUUUAGACACCAGCUUACAUACACAGGAGAGCAACGUCCUCACUCUUCUGACUGUAAGAUGAGGCUCACCACUAAGAGUCAACUGACUGGACACCAGCAGAGACCCACAGGAGAGAGACCUCACUACUGCUCCGAGUGUGGCAAGAGCUUCAAGUGUUCAAUGUACCUGAGAUGCCACGUUCAGCGCAAACACAGUGGGACAUCCUACACUGCACCCCCUGUCAGCGCAGCUUCAGCUUCCCACAGCAUCUGAAGUACCACCAGAUGACACACACGGGAGAGAAUCUGUUUGUCUGCACCGACUGCAGGAAGAGAUUCACUCAGGCAGGUGGGUUGAGGUACCACAGGAGGAUUCACACCGGAGAGAAACCUCACACCUGUGAUCAGUGUGACAAGCAUUUCAGUAAAAGGAUCAGUCUGCAAUCACUUCAGUUGACACACACAGGAGAGAAAUCUGUCAGCUGUGAUGAAUGUGGGAAGAGUUCCACAGAAGGGAACCCUGGCUUCACACGAGAAUACACAUCCGAGAGAAACCCUACCACUGCUCUCUAACUGAUAUUUACCAUCUACUGUUCUUCUCUGAACACUUGAAAUGUGUAUCUUUUAUUUUUUAGCAUUUGGAUUGUGGGCUCGAUUUGAUUUGGCGCUAGCCGAGACCUGCAUAGCUGGUGUUGUGACUGUCUGAGGUGGAACUGUGUCAGAGCUGUUCCUGUUAUUGUGUCUUUGGCAUCAUUAAAAGUGAAGACUUAUUUUAUCAAA